AUGCAUUCUCGAGUCUGUUACAAGUUCCUUUCGCCUCAACGGAAAUCGUUUGCUCAAGCUCUACAGAAUGUUUGUGACGUUCCGGUAGGUAACUUUCCUAAACCGUGCUUAAAAGGAAAGAGGUUAUCUAUUAAAAUACCAGAGGAUUCUUACAAAGCGGGUUUGGAUAGAUGCAAGAACAAUCUCCAUGGCCGUUUGAUCAUGGCUAAGGGAGAUAAGCCUUUGCGUUUACAUGAAAUUCGCGAGAAGCUCACCAAAGCUUGGGCUCCGGUAAAUAAAUGGCAAAUCACUCCGUUGGGGAAGGGCUUUUAUGAGUUUUAUUUUCAAAAUUGUGAAGACCUCAAUCGGGUUUGGAGCAUCGGAACAUGGAAUCUUAAGCCGGGUUUGUUACGUCUGUCUGCUUGGUCCAGUGACUUUAAACCUGAAAACUUGAAGGUUACUAAUGCUCAAAUUUGGAUUCGUAUUUAUGGUCUGCCACAAGAAUAUUGGAUGCCUACGACUCUUUUUUCCAUUGCAUCUGGAAUAGGUACACCUCUUUCUUUGGAUGAAGCAACUAAACAGCGCACCAUGGGUCACUUUGCGCGCAUUUUGGUUGAUGUGAAUCUUGCUGAGGAGCUGCAUUAUCAGAUUCUUGUAGAAAGGGAAGGCUAUGCCUUCUUUGUUGACAUAGAUUAUGAAAACUUGCCAUAUUUUUGUGAACAUUGUUGCUGCAUUGGCCAUUCUAUUGACAAGUGUAGAAACGUUAACAACAAGGCAAAGGACCAAAAGAAAAAUGUUUUUGGUGAUGUGAACACCAAAGUGUCAAAUGCUGUUGCUAAGGUUGAUUCUAUUCAACAAAUUAUUAAUGAUUCUGGUUACACGGAUGCUUUAGGUGAUGAAGAAAAACUUGCUCAAGUUAGUCUGAAUGAUGCUUUAAGAGUGCAGGAAUAUUUUUGGAGAGAUAAGUCCAGGUCCAAGUGGUUUGUUGAGGGGGAUAGAAACACUGGUUAUUUUCAUAAGCUCACUAAAAUAAGGCAUAUAUCAAAUAGAAUGAUUAGACUCAAGGCAGGGGAUAAUUACAUUGAGGACAUUAAUGAUAUUGAACAUCAUGUGUUAAAUUUUUACAAAGAAUUAUUUGCUAGUAACAAUAAUUGUGCUCCUACUGAUAUUAUUGAGCGCACUAUACCUCAUCUUAUAACUGUUGCAGAUAAUGAUAUGAUGACCAAAAUUCCUUCUUUUGAAGAAGUUAAGCAAGCUGUUUUUAAUAUGGAUGGUUCUUCUUCACCCGGCCCUAAUGGUUUUGGGGGAUGUUUUUUUCAAAAUUAUUGGGAUAUUGUUGGCAGUGAUGUUGUGGCCUCGGUCACUCAAUUCUUUAGUCAUGGUUGGAUUUUACCCAAUCUGAAUUCAAGUCAUGUGGCUCUUGUUCCUAAAUUUCCAGGUGCGGAUACUAUUGAAAAUUUUAGACCAAUCGCGGUGGCAAAUUUUCAAUUCAAAAUUAUUACAAAAAUUUUGGCGGACAGACUUGCGGUGAUUGCUCCUAAAAUUGUUUCAGAACAUCAAAGAGGGUUUGUACAAGGAAGACAUAUAUAUGAAUGCAUUUGUAUUGCCUCUGAGGCCAUUAACAUGUUGGACAAAAAAUCUUUCGGUGGUAAUAUGGCUAUGAAAAUAGACAUUAAAAAGGUUUUUGAUACUUUAGAUUGGAGUUUCCUUCUCAAAGUACUACAGGCUUUUGGCUUUAAUCAUAAAUUUUGUUCUUGGAUUUCCACUAUUCUUCAUUCUGCAAAAUUGUCUCUCUUGGUUAAUGGUAAAACUGUUGGCUUUUUCGGCUGUUCUAGAGGAGUCAGACAAGGGGAUCCCUUAUCCCCUCUUCUUUUUUGUAUUGCAGAAGAAGUGUUGAGCAGACAUCUUUCUCUUCUUGUGGAUGAUAACAAGUUAAGUUGCAUUACUUCAGAAUAUGGUGCUAACUCGGGCCAGAGGGUUAGUCCUCAUAAGAGCAAACUUUAUGGAGGCUCUAUUAGUCCUACCAGAUUAAAUACUUUGUCCAAUACUCUUGGAUUUUCUUUGGGUUCAUUACCUUUUGACUAUCUUGGAGUUCCUAUCUUUAAAGGGAAGCCUAAAAACAUUCAUCUUCAGGCUUUAGCAGAUAGAGUCAAAUCUAAACUAGCUUCUUGGAAGGGUCAUUCUUUGUCUAUGAUGGGAAGAGUUCAACUUGUUAAUUUUGUGAUUCAUGGCAUGUUGACUUAUAGCUUCAAGGUCUAUUCCUGGCCUAAAGGUUUGAUUAAGCAGAUGGAUCGUUGUAUUAGAAAUUUUAUUUGGUCUGGUAGUGUAGAUAAGAAGAAAUUGGUCACUCUAUCUUGGGACAAAGUUUGUACUCCUACUUCAGCUGGUGGUCUUGGGUUGAGAAAACUAAAAGACAUGAACAAAGCUGGUUGUCUUAAACUUUGUUGGGACUUGAUUAAAUCUGACAAACAAUGUGCUAUCACUCUUAAAAGCAGAUUUUUUCGUAAUUCUAGCCCCAUCAAUCAUGCGAUUUCAUCAUCUAUUUGGUCAAGUUUGAAAAAUGUUUUACAUUUGGUUCGUGAUCAUAGUAUUUGGCAAAUUGGUAACAGUUUAUCUACUUCAUUUUGGAAUGAUAACUGGCUUGGUUACAAAUUAAAAGACUUAAUUUUGGAGCCACUUCCUAAUCCUAUUUCGCAUCUGGUGAAUGCCAAAGUUGCAGAAGUCGUUCAUAAUCAAGUUUGGGCUUUACCUGAAAUUUUUAAACAACAAUUUCCUAUUAUUACUUGCAAUAUUCAUGCUCUUUCUCUCCCAUCCAUACCGGAACCAGACGAAUUAAUUUGGGAAGAUUCUAUCUCUGGAGAAUUGACUUUUAAACUUGCAUAUUCUUGUGAUAUGCAGCCCCCUCAAUGUAUAGGUUGGACCAAGUUCAUCUGGAAACUUUUUAUUCCUCCUUCUAGAUCUUUAGUUGCUUGGAGAAUUAUGCACAAUGUCAUUGCCACUGAUGAUAACUUGAUCAAAAGAGGCCUCACGAUUGUUUCAUGUUGCAGUCUUUGUGGAAGUAGUUACGAAACUGUUACUCAUUUGUUCUUGCGCUGCCCCUUUAUAAUGCAGUAUUGGAACUGGUUAUCUUCUUUGCUAGGCAUGCCUCUUGAUCUCUCAAAUUUUGAUUCCCUUCUUGGCAUAUGUAACAAAGGUUGGAGUCCUCAAUUACAUGAUCUCAUUAUUGCAGCCAUUGUCAAUAUUUUGUGGAAGGUCUGGAAAUGCAGGAACAAUGUCAGAUUUAAUGAUAUUUAUCCCUAUUUUUCUCGUGAUAUGAUCUAUGUGAAAAGUCUUAUUCAUCAAACAGCUCAUUAUUCCAAAGGUCACAUGUACUCAUCUAUAAAAGAAUUUUCUAUCCUCAAGCAUUUUGGUGUUGAUUGUCAUCCUCCCCCUCCGCCAUCUAAUAAACAAGUCAAUUGGAUCAUGCCUCCUAGUUUUUGGGUGAAGUGCAAUACUGAUGGAGCCUCUAGAGGUUCUCCAGGUAUUUCUUCUUGUGGUGGCAUCUUUCGAGACCAUCUUGGUACUUUUUUAGGUGCAUUUUCGGCUAACAUUGGUGUUGCAACCUCUCUUUAUGCUGAAAUUUGCGCUGCAAUUUAUGCUAUUGAAUUUGCUUCUGCUAAAGGAUGGACCCGUCUUUGGCUUGAAAGUGAUCCUCUUAGUUCAAGCUUUCACUAA